AUGGCGCCGAUGCCUGCACUGGAACAUCUUUCCAACCCGCUGGCCACUUCGGCACAGCUGCUCAAGCUCAAAAACACCGACGACGACGAAGACACGACCACAUGGUUCCCCCAAUUCAUGUUGACCUCCGGGGCUGGCAUCCUCCUCCGCCUCUCGCAGGAAGUCAUAGCUCAUGCCAUAGUUCUGCUUCAGCGGUUUCUGGUUUCUUCGACCUCUAACGAGCGUCGGAAGUUCAAUGCGAAGAAUUAUUCUGCCGCUGCCAUCUACCUUGCUGCGAAAAUAUCCGCAACGCCUGUCUCACCGCGAUCGGUCAUCAACGUCUAUGCCUACCUCACCUCCGAAGCCUCUCCGCUGAGAUUCAUCAACCUGGCUGGUCCCCCCACAGAUGUCAAACCCCAAAGUUAUUUCGUGUCCGAAGGGGGUUACGAAAGAGAGAGACAGCGGUUGUUCGUGUGCGAAAGCAUGAUACUGGUUGGGCUCGGGUUCGACACACGGGUCGCAUUACCUUACAAUCUGGCCUUUACCUACAUGCAAGCCCUGGGCGUGGCCAACACCAAGCUGUCCCAGAGAGUGUUGGAGCAUUUGAACGCAGGCCUCCUCUCGCCUCAGCUUCUCCACCUCACUCAUCAACCCAAUGCGCUGGCGGUGGGAGCAAUCUACCUGGCGGCCCGAGAGACUGGGGUUAAGCUGGUCGAACGAAAUUGGUGGGAAGUUUUUGAUGUGGACAGGGAGGACCUGGGCUUCCUGGUACUAUCUUAUGGAAGUAUGGCGAAUUUCGCCCAAGCGGAAAUGGACAAGUGGAAGGACGGGCCUUUGCCAUUCGACUGA